GUAAACUUAAAUAAAAAUGUGAACUUAAAACAAUUUUAAACUUAAAUCUUAUAGUUUUGUGCCACCAUUGCGCUAUGGCUCCAAAAGAUUUGGCAGAAGCGUUCAGUAAUCUUGAAAAAGAAGUAAAAACUGAUGUCGCUUCUUUAGUCAAGUGGUUGGUAGAUUCAAAACUAAUAGGAGAUACAAAAGAAGAAAUGGACAAAGCCACGGCACUCUUCGCCAGCGUAGCAGAUAGCAAGAAGGUCAAGCUAGACGAAUUCCUAGCGAUCAUCAUGAAAUUAGCUAAAGAAAAAUCAAAGACUUUUGAGGAGCUGACGAGGCAGUUGACUGAGGAAGGUCCUGGACUGAUGAGGGCAGCUACUGAGGGUGUCUCGGCUGCCUUCGCAAAUUUACAGAAACAGGGCAAGAAUGACGUGGAUAAUCUGGUGAAAUGGUUGAAAGACAUAAAACUAAUAGAUCAAACAAAAGAGCAAGAAGAGAAACUGCGUGCCCUCUUCAACGAUGUUCCAGACAAGAAGAAUGUGAGUGUAGACAAAUUUAAAGAAAUAGUCCAGAAGGCGUGCGAUGAGUUCAAGAAAAAUUUCGACGGUCUGGCCAAACAGCUGGCUGAUACUGGACCUAACUUGCUACAAACACUUACCGGAGCCACUAGCAAGGGGUUAAAGGGAUUGCUUGGAAAAAAAUAGUGAAUAUACCUAAUUAU